AUGCCGGUCACUACUGGGGUUGAAGGUGCAGAGAAUCUCCGCCAGCCAUCCAGAAUCCCACAAGAAGUGCAUCUCGACCAUCCUACGAGCCAUCAUCAUGCGCAGUGCUGGUAUGUCCAGUCCUCUUUUUCUUCCUCUUCUUCUUCUUUUCCCCCCUCCUUCUCUUCUUCCCCUGCUCUGCUUGUCGUCUGUUUGUCCCUCCCCUUUUGUGUAUAUGUAUGCGUCUGGGAAGAAGAAAAGAAGACAAACACCCACUCACUAUGGACGGUAUUGGACCCCGUCUUCCUUCUCUCUCCAAUUCACCACGAGCCAGACACAGCCUGGAAGGCGAACAUUCCAACCAAAGAGCGUCUGCCUCUGCCUCUGCCUGCCCGCCCUCCGUUUGUUCUGGCUCCCCUCGGGGCUUUUGCUGCUUCAUCCCCCCUGUCUAUCACGCUAAACUCGCUCCCGGCUUUCUCCACCCACGCCUCGCACCGCCCAAAAAGAAAAGAAAAGAAGAAAAAUGCGAAGACGAGGAAAGACGACGAGGCAGGAGAAGAAGAACUCUGCGCUAUCCCCCUGCUCUGGCUCUUAUGA